AUGGCCGUUUCUCGAUCUGCUCUGUUCCUCCUCGCUCUCGUGGGCUUGGCCGUUGUCUGCUCGGCUCAAUCACCCACGCCCAAAACAACAACUUCCCCCAAGACCGGGGGAGCACCAUCUCCGCCUGCCGGGAAGGCGCCGCUGACGCCGUUCGACGAGGCCAUUCAGAAGCUCAACAACUCGGGUUACACCAGCUUCGUCUCCCUCGUCAACGCCUAUGGCAAGAUGAAGGAGGUCAAAGCGGCUCUCUCCAAGCCGCUCACCAUGCUGGUGCCGUCGAACGCGGCGAUCAGCAAGCUCAAGAUCACGCAGUACAAGUCAACGGAGUUGAUGGUGGUCGUCGGAUUCUCCGCCUUCAGGAAGGUGAUUCCCUCCGAUGCGCUCCAGACCCUGCCCGUGGGGAGCAACAUCACGACGCUCGCGAGCACCAAGGCCGGCAAGCCCAUGACUCUGCAGAAGCUGGCGAACAACAAGAAGGGGCAGGUGGUGCUGCAAGGGAAGAAGGGCAGCACGAUGACAAUCACCAAGCUUAACUUCUACCUCAAACCCAACAAGCUCGUCGUGCACACCACGGAUGCCGUCGCGUUCCCCAUCACCCUCCAGGGCACGGUCCUGUAA